GGGGGGGGCGUUUUUCGCAGCUUCUUCGCGUUUGUUUCCUGGCUUCGUGUUUCGCGGACGGGUGGAGCCGCCCCCGGCACUGAGAAGAAGGGGGCUCAGCGCACCGCGGCGGCGCCUCAGCGGGUUUCGUUUUUGCACUGAAUGUAGCCAGGACGGAUCCUUGUGGGCUUUGGCAGCCCUUGGAAACUGUCAAAGGCAGUAUUUUGCAUUUCUGCAGAGCUUUGCACAGAUCCUGUUCCCAUGCAAACUGAUGAGGGAGAAAUACUGGAGGAAGGCAGUCCCAAGGUCAGUGAGAUGGAACAUGAGGAUUUUGUAAUGGAGGGGCAUGGCAAGACUCCACCUCCUGGUGAAGAAAACAAACAAGAGAAGGAGCAAGAAAGGGAAGAACAGUUAAUGGAAGACAAGAAAAGGAAGAAAGAGGAUAAGAAAAAGAAGGAAUCUGCUCAGAAGGUCACAGAUCAAAAAACCAAAGUGCCCGAAGUGACGAAACCAAGUUUAAGCCAACCAGUGGCUGCCAGCCCAAUUGGCAACUCUCCAUCGCCACCAGUCAAUGGUGGCAACAAUGCCAAAAGGGUGGCAGUGCCGAACGGACAACCGCCAAGCGCCGCCCGCUACAUGCCUCGGGAGGUGCCGCCGCGAUUCCGUUGCCAGCAGGACCACAAAGUGUUACUGAAACGUGGGCAGCCUCCUCCGCCAUCCUGUAUGCUCCUUGGGGGUGGAGCAGGGCCUCCUACCCCAACAGCACCAGGAGCAAACCCAAACAACGCACAACCAGUGACAGGAGCACUGCUGCAGAGCGACAGUGGGACUGCAACAGAUUCAGCAAUUGGAGGUGCUGCUGCUUCAAAUUAUGCAAAUUCCACUUGGGGUCCUGGAGCCUCCUCCAACAGCGGCACCAACGCCAACCCAACUCACAUCUGGGACAAGGUGAUUGUAGACGGGUCUGACAUGGAAGAGUGGCCUUGUAUUGCCAGCAAAGAUGCUGAGUCUUCUUCCGAAAACACCACCGAUAACAACAGUGCCUCAAAUCCUGGCUUGGAGAAGAACGCUCUGCCAGGAAGCACCACUAGUAACAAAGGAAAAGGAAGCCAGUGCCAGUCUGGAAGCGCUGGAAACGAAUGUAAUCUUGGGGCCUGGAAAUCUGAUCCCAAGGCUAAAGCUGUUCAAUCUUCCAACCCUGCUGCCGAGAGUAACAAUGGACUAGGUAAUUGGAGGAACUUGAGUGGACAAGAUAGAAUUGGUCCCGGUUCUGGCUUCAGCAACUUUAACCCAAAUAGCAACCCAUCUGCUUGGCCAGCACUGGUUCAAGAGGGCAAUUCUAGGAAAGGGACUUUGGAAUCUGAUAGUGGUAGCUCCAAUGCACAGAUUAGCACAGUAGGUCAGACCUCUAGGGAACAGCAGUCAAAGAUGGAAAAUGCGGGUGUUAACUUUGUCUCUGGCAGAGAACAGGCUCAAAUUCAUAACACUGAUGGACCAAAAAAUGGAAACACUAACUCCUUGAACUUAAGUUCACCAAACCCUAUGGAGAAUAAGGGAAUGCCCUUUGAAAUGGGCUUGGGGAACCCUUCCAGGAGCACUGACACCCCUUCACAAAGCACUGGAGAAAGAAAGACUGGGAGUGUUGGAUCUUGGGGUACAGCUAGGGGGUCUUCUGGAACUGACACAGUCUCCGGACAGAGCAAUUCUGGAAACCAUGGGAACAAUGGAAAAGAUAGAGAGGACUCCUGGAAAGGAGCUUCUGUUCAGAAACCUAAUGGGUCAAGAAGUGAUUCUUGGGAUAACAAUAACCGGUCUACGGGUGGUGGGUCUUGGAACUUUGGCCCUCAGCAUGCAAAUGAAAGCAAAUGGGGUGAAGGGAACAAAUUAACAUCUGGGGUCUCUCAGGGAGAAUGGAAACAGCUGUCUGGGACUGAUGAACUGAAGAUUGGAGAAUGGAGUGGUCCAAACCAACCAAAUUCUAGCACUGGAGCAUGGGACAAUCAAAAAGGCCACCCUCUUCCUGAAAACCAAGGCAAUUCCCAGGCUCCCUGUUGGGGAAGAUCUUCCAGCUCUGCGGGAAGUGAGGUUGGAGGUCAAAGCACUGGAAGCAACCACAAAGCAGGAAGUAGUGACAGUCACAAUUCUGGACGCCGAUCAUACAGGCCUACGCAUCCUGACUGUCAGGCAGUCUUGCAGACUUUGCUAAGCAGGACUGAUUUGGACCCCCGAGUGCUUUCAAACACUGGCUGGGGCCAAACUCAAAUUAAGCAAGAUACCGUGUGGGAUAUUGAAGAGAUGCCACGGCCCGAGGGGAAGUCUGAUAAAGGAACUGAGGGGUGGGAGAGCUCUGCCACACAGACAAAGAACUCAGGGGGCUGGGGCGAUGUACCCAGCCAAAGCAAUCAAAUCAAGUCUGGAUGGGGUGAGCUCUCAACCCCAACAGAGUGGAAGGAUCCCAAAAAUACUGGAGGAUGGAAUGACUAUAAGAAUCCUAAUUCUUCUAACUGGGGAGGAGGAAGACCAGAGGAAAAAUCAUCAUCAUCUUGGAAUGAUAACUCUAGUAAGGAUCAGGGGUGGGGUGGACGGCAGCCUAAUCAAGGAUGGUCUUCUGGAAAAAACGGUUGGGGAGAGGAAGCUGACCAAACAAAAAACAACAACUGGGAAAGUGCAGGAAACAAGCCAGUGUCUGGUUGGGGUGAAGGUGGGCAAAAUGAGAUUGGAACUUGGGGUAAUGGUGCAAAUACAAGCGCUGCUUCAAAGGGAGGAUGGGAUGAUUGUAAAAGAACUUCAACAUGGAAUGAGACGGGUCGACAGCCCAACUCCUGGAACAAGCAGCAGCAGCAGCAGCACCAACAGCAACAGCAGGAGACUUCUGGUUCCUGGGUUCCCCCGCCCCAAACUCCAAGUAAUGGGCGACCUCCAAACCCAAACUGGAACAGUGGACCACAGCCAGCUGCCCCCAAAGAGGAGGAGCCUAGUGGCUGGGAAGAACCUUCUCCACAGUCAAUCAGUCGAAAAAUGGAUAUUGAUGAUGGCACUUCAGCGUGGGGAGAUCCUAGCAGUUAUAACUACAAGAAUGUGAACCUGUGGGACAAGAACUCACAAGGAGGACAGGCCCCACGGGAGCAGAGCCUGCCUACUCCAAUGACUAGCAAAUCACAAGCAUCAGUCUGGAGCAAAAGCACUCCACCUGCUCCAGAUAAUGGUACGUCCGCCUGGGGUGAGCCAAAUGAAACCAGUCCCGGGUGGGGUGAAGUAGAUGAUACGGGAGCAUCGACAACAGGCUGGGGGAAUGCACCUUCCAACGCCCCGAAUGCCAUGAAAUCCAGUUCUAAAUCUAUGCAAGAUGGCUGGGGAGAGAGUGAUGGGCCAGUGACAGGAACGCGUCAUUCCAGCUGGGAAGAGGAGGAGGAGGGAGGAGUCUGGAACACAGCAGGCUCUCAGGGAAGCAGUUCCUCCCACAACUCAACAAGCUGGGGGCAAGGAGGAAAGAAAACACAAAUGAAGUGCGCAUUAAAAGGUGGAAAUAGUGAUUCGUGGAUGAACCCUUUAUCCAAACAGUUUUCAAAUAUGGGCUUGCUAAGUCAAACUGAGGACAUUCCGGGCAGUAAGAUGGACUUGUCUGUAGGUGGUCUCCCAGAUAAGAAGUUUGAUGUAGAUAAACGAGCCAUGAAUCUCGGGGAUUUUAAUGACAUGAUGAGAAAGGAUCGGUCUGGGUUCCGUCCACCUAAUUCCAAAGACAUGGGAACCACAGAUAGUGGGCCUUAUUUUGAGAAGCUGACUUUGCCUUUCUCCAAUCAAGAUGGGUGCCUUGGGGAUGAGGCUCCCUGCUCUCCCUUCUCCCCUUCUCCCAGCUACAAGCUGUCUCCCUCUGGUUCCACACUAUCCAACGUCGGCCUUGGGGCAAUCGGCUCAGGGCUCAGUCCCCAAAACUUCGCUGCUAGACAAGGUGGCAAUCAUGGUUUGUUUGGAAACAGCACAGCACAAUCGAGGGGCAUGCACACACCAGUGCAGCCACUAAAUCCUUCCCCCAAUAUCCGGGCGCAAGUGCCUCCCCAAUUUCUUUCUCCCCAGGUUUCGGCCUCCAUGCUCAAACAGUUUCCCAACAGUGGUUUGAAUCCUGGUCUUUUCAAUAUGGGUCCCCAGCUUUCUCCACAACAGAUUGCCAUGCUGAGCCAGCUUCCACAGAUUCCCCAGUUUCAAUUAGCAUGUCAGCUCCUCCUCCAGCAGCAGCAGCAGCAGCAGCUGUUACAGAGCCAGAGGAAGUUAUCUCAAGCUGUGCGACAGCAGCAGGAGCAACAGAUUGCUCGUAUGGUGAGUGCCCUUCAGCAGCAGCAGCAGCAGAGGCAGCCUGGCAUGAAGCAUUCACCAUCCCACCCUGUUGGGCCUAAGCCACAUUUAGACAGCAUGGUACCCAAUCCUUUGAAUGUGGGUCUCUCAGAUUUACAGACCAAAGGGCAAAUACCUGGAUACGGUUCAGGCUUUGGCUCAGGUGGCAUGGAUUAUGGCAUGGUGGGAGGGAAAGAGGCUGGAACAGAAUCCCGCUUUAAGCAGUGGACUAUGAUGGAAGGGCUGCCCUCUGUGGCUUCACAAGAUGCCAAUAUGCACAAAAAUGGUGCAAUAGUGCCCCCUGGAAAGGCUCGCGGAGGAUCGCCCUACAACCAGUUUGACAUAAUUCAGGGCGACCCACUAGGUGGCCAUGCCGGCCCUGCUGGUGAUAGUUGGUUACCUGCCAAAUCUCCACCAACGAACAAGAUUGGAAGCAAAUCCAGCAACGCCAGCUGGCCUCCAGAAAUUCUGCCGUUCAAGAGAGCAGUAUUGUUCAGCACAAAGAUAAAUGAAGUGGUGCCCAAUCAAACUGAUAUCACAACUGGAGGCGAGAGCAAGUUUUGCUGCAUUGAGUUCCAACCAGGAGUGCCAUGGAAAGGUAUACAAAACAUUGACCCUGAAUCUGACCCCUAUGUGACCCCUGGAAGUGUGCUGGGGGGGACAGCCACAUCUCCCAUUGUAGAUACUGACCACCAACUUCUGCGGGACAACACCACAGGGUCUAAUUCUUCCCUCAACACCUCGCUGCCUUCACCUGGUGCCUGGCCCUACAGUGCCUCUGACAAUUCCUUCACCAACGUUCAUAGCACUUCAGCAAAAUUCAGUGAUUACAAAUCAACAUGGUCCCCAGAUCCCAUAGGACACAAUCCCACUCAUCUCUCCAACAAGAUGUGGAAAAACCAUAUUUCCUCAAGGAACACUACAGGGCUGCCCCGCCCGCCUCCUGGCCUGACCAACCCCAAACCAUCAUCUCCAUGGAACAGCGCAGCACCCCGAUCGGUCAGGGGCUGGGGGGCACAGGACUCAAGGCUUGCCUCUGGUGAGAAGAAUCAACUGAUAGCACCAUUGAUCAGACCUGAGGAGUGUGCACUUUACAGCACUAAUGGUUUGGAGGAAAGAAAGUUGCAGUUGUCUGCAUCUACUUGGAGCGAUGGUGGCUCAGUUCGUCCUAGCUACUGGUUGGUUCUUCACAAUCUCACUCCACAGAUUGAUGGGUCAACCUUGAGGACGAUCUGCAUGCAGCAUGGCCCACUGCUGACAUUCCAUCUGAACCUGACCCAGGGCACCGCCCUUAUCCGAUAUAACACCAAACAGGAGGCGGCCAAGGCCCAGACUGCACUGCACAUGUGUGUGUUGGGAAACACUACCAUCCUGGCUGAGUUUGCUACAGAUGAAGAGGUUAGUCGCUUUCUGGCACAAGCCCAGCCGCCUACACCUGCAGCAACUCCAAGUGCACCCACAGCAGGCUGGCAAUCCCUGGAGACAGGACAGAACCAGACAGAUCCAGUUGGACCUGCUUUGAAUCUCUUUGGUGGGUCAACAGGGCUUGGGCAGUGGAGCAGUGGUGGCGGCAGCAGCAGCAGUGGGGGUGAUCUCACUGGCGCUUCGUUGUGGGGGCCCCCAAACUAUUCUUCAAGCUUGUGGGGGGUCCCAAGUGUAGAGGAUCCACACAGAAUGGGCAGCCCUGCUCCCUUACUACCUGGAGACCUUCUGGGAGGAGGGUCGGAUUCAAUCUGAACUUAGAACUUUCAACUCUGACCUCGUGACCUUUUUUGGAACAGCAGCAGCACUAACUUGACCUUUUCGUUUUUUUCAACUUGCAAUAAAUACAUUUAUAAAAGGAAAAAAGAAAACGGAGAGAGAAAAAAAGGUGGGUCAUUGAUAGACUGUCUGAGCACAUAGUUGCCUCCCUUAUAUAACUUCAGUUUUUUUGUUUGGAAUAUGAAUCCAAAAAGAGAACAUAUCACUCUUGAAAUACUUGAAUCAUGAACGCCAACUUAGAAAGACAAUGUGAAGCAAGUACACAUACCAUUUAAAUUUAAACACAAAAAAUUAAAAAAAUUAGUUUCUAGUUUUUCACUUUUUCAUGUUAUACGGAAGUUGUUGCUAAGAAACAUAUAUACUGAAAAAAUAGCUUUUUAACUUUGUUUGCACUGGGUGUGUUUCCGUCCUUAGGUCUACCAUGUUGGGUUGGGGUAGGGGAGGGGUUCAAAAGAAAAAGGGGGGGUGGGGGGGGAAGACUUGACGGAGCCUCACUUUAAAAAUGAAAAAAAAAAAAAAAAAUCAAAAAAUUAAAAAACCCACAAAAAAAAAACAAAACUGAAAAAAAACAAAAACAAAACAAAACAAAAAAACCAACACUUUGUGAUUGGCUGGUUGAUAAGUACCAGUGUGUUCUGGCACAUGUAACUGCCCACGUGUGCUUGUUUCUGUGUGAGUGCGUGUGCACAUGUUCGUGUGUGUGCAUUUUUUUCUCUAUAUAUAUAAUCUUGAAACGCUGCAUUGCUGAUGGUCUACGGGCUGGCUGGCCAUCUGCGUGUCUUGAUUCUGGAAACAAGACGGGCAUGGUGGAGUCCCUGUGGCUGAAGCAGAAUCCAGUUGGGCUGGAUUAAAAUUUGUCAGUAGGUUUUUUAAAAUUGAUUUUAGCAGGGUGCUAUCUCAAGUCUGCAGAUCAUAUUGACUGGGGUAGUCGCUUCCUAGCCCUUGUUCUAACGUUGUGGUAGAGCAGAACACUGCCAUAUCCAAAGGAUUUGGUGAGAGGGGAGCCAGUGUUGUCUUUUGAGUAGCAGUGUAUUUAUUUGUCUGCAUGUGGGGGUUUUGUACUGAGUGAACCCUAGAAUGUUUGUUAUAUAAUGCAAGCCAUUUUUUUUUUCUUCCAAUGAGGGGAAAAGAGGAGAAAAGAAGACAUUGCCAUUUUUUGUGCAGCUAAUCCAAAUGUUCUUAUUCAGUCUUUCGCAGGCUUCAGUACCUUUAAAAAAGAGUGGUUCUUUUCUCCCCCAAACCUAAUUAGGCACCCGUGCUCAUUCUUGAAGAAUCCAUCAAAAGCUUGCAAGUCCAGCCCAACUAAAUUAGCCUUUUAACUGAUUUACUGCUUGUAUUAAAACUGACAAAAACUAAAUCAUGUCAGCAAAUAGCUGGCCGGCCUGCCUCAUCUCCUGAAAGCACAUGCAGCUAACUCCUUUCUGCGUCCUUCAUGGUGAGCGUUACCUGUGCCAGGCCUUGGUGUAUUACAGCGCCAGACCAUCACUGACAGAAACGUUUACUUACGAAUGUUCUUAAACCAGUGUGUACUUCAAACGUUUCCUUUUGUUUCUCUGUGUUGUGUUUUUUCCUGUGUACGUGAUUUUGCUUAGGGAGGUAUAUUAACUAGCAAAUACUUUUUUUUUUUUUUAAAGUAUUGCACCUUUUUGGGUUUUGUUUUUACUUUUUCUGUACUGUUGCUUUUUAAUUUCUGUAUUUAAGGAAAGGUUUGGGGUUUUUUUAGCAUCAGUGUAGUAGUACUCUGGGCAGGAUAGGGGUGACCUAUAAUCCACAGUGGUAGCCAGUGUAUGCGUGCAUGUGUGCGCUGGGAACAAAACUUUCAAGACCUGUUGUUGUGAAAAGAGUUGUAGCAGACUUGAAGGAACAUCCCUUGACACAAAGCGGGAAGUCUUUCAGCGAGGUGGGGCCGGGAGAAGAGGGAAGAGAGAUGCCGGUACUUUUUCCAUAAGUGCUAGGACUUCCAUGUGGCAUUGUCUAGCUGUUACACUGUCUAACAAAGUGCCGACAUUCUGUACCAGCACGUACCUGUCCAUUCCAGCCCUCAGUGGUAGUAGUGCUCGGGCUUUAUUACCGGGGCGGGGGGGGGGGGGGGGGGGGAUAGGGGAGUCUCUUCAGCAUUUUCAUUGAAGGAUACGACAAUGUCUAGUACGUUAAAUUCUUUAAGCAUGGGUUGGGUGGGGAGAAGCAAAAGCAGAUUCAAGUAAGGGGGUGUGGGGGGGUGGUGCCUGUUGGGGGUGUGUGUGUGUGUAUGCCUGUGUGCUGGGGGUGGGAGGGAACGGCUGGGGACUUAGGUGGCUUUUUUACUUCGCCCUUUCUAUGUAAACCCAAUGUCACAAGGAAGACUGAGGGAAAUGCUGCAUAUACACAUGCCUGUAGAUUUGUAUGCAAAGUGUUACAUGACAAAAAGUAUGAGUAGGUUUGUAUUUGUUCAGUAAAUUGGAGUGUGCAGCAUACUCUGGCCCCUUCUGAAUAUACUUUUCUAUCAUGUCUCCUCCUUCAUCCAUCCCACCAUGCACAAAGAAACAAAGUGCUCUCUUCCAGCUCCUGCCAGCUAGUGCCCCUCAUGUGCACACAUCCGUAAAGCUUUGUUUCUGCUAGUCUCUGCUCAAAGACCAGCUGCACUCAGACACGCAGAGCAGGUUCUUAAGUCCUGUGCCAGCAGUACUUCCUAGUUGAAGCAGCUUUGGCCUGGAGUAAGCCAGUAUCCAUUCUGUCACAUGAUUUGCUAUACAUGCUGGUUCAUUGCUGUGUUCCACCCUCACUUCUCUCUCCCAACCUGCCCUAAGGUCCCUUUUCCUGCACUUUGGGCUAGUUGAGUUCAUUGCGAUACUACGGUGAAAGCCGGGUGCUAGAGCCCCUCUUGUUUACAAGACAUAAUGAGGGAUUUGAAAUAUUUAAAAAGAAAAGCUAAUUUGUUCUUCCAUUGUAAGCUUAAAGGGAAAAAAAUUAAAACAUACAAAAAAAGACCAAAAAGUGCAUAUAUAUAUUUUAGAUGAAGACUAACUCUGGGAGCAUUUAACAGUGUUUUUGUUUUUAUUUUAACAUUUUAUUUUCCUGCUUUAAAUUUGCAAGCAUUCUCAGGAAUUCUAGGGUAGGAAGCCAGUUUUUUGAAGAUGGUUUAUUUAACCUUAUCUUAUCCUAGAUAGAUGGCUGUUUCUUGUUGAUAAACUUUUACAAGUUCCUGAAUCUUCAAAAUGUUUGAAAGUUUUUACUUUAAAAUAAAAAUGCUUAAAAAAAAAAAAAAAAAAAAGAAAAAGACAAAAAGAAAAAAUCUCCAAAUGUUACUGUCAAGCGGGGGAUCAAGAAUUUUAAAGACUGUAUAAAUUAAAAUACAUUCAAAAACUUCUCAAUAUCAGCAACAGAAAUUCAUUGUAAUCUUAAACAAGUUGUGGGAGAAGAAGGGUUAUCAUUUACAGUGCUUUCUUUCUCAUGCAGACGUGUGCAGUUGCAUGGAGAAGAGAAGUGUGUGAAUUGUGAAUGGAAAUAUUAUCACUUUGUUCCCUCUUGAUUGAAACUAAAUGAAAAUAUUCUUCCAAGCACCUUUUUAAAAGCAAAGUGAAACUAUAUACCUAAUUAAAAUGCAAUAUAGUUUAACUGAAAGAGUUCUCAGUUAGGAGGACUAGCAGGAAAUACAUGAUGGUGCUGCUUUAAACCACUUCAGUAGUGCUAAAGAAAACCAGUGCUGACAGAAUACCCAGUAAUGAAGUAGUCUUAUUAUCCUGCCUUUUUUAGUACAGAAGAAAGAGAGAAUAUGGAAAAACUCCAGUAAAACAUAUAUUAGAAAUCAACUUCCCUGUUUUCAGCUAUUUGGUCAGUUUUAUUCCCCACUUGGAGAUUUGCUGCUUGCUUUUCUUCACCCACCCCACCUCCCAGUCUUUCAGUUUUGUUUUAUAUGAGGAAAAUAACCUGUUAAACUCUUCUGUUCACCCUGUUGCUGCUGCUGGCUGUCAGGGCUUACAGUCUUGAACUUCAGAGUUCGGUGGGAUGGCCAACUUCUGUCUCCCAGCUGUAAGGGUCAGGGGCUUGCUCCGCCUGAAAUGGCUAGGCUCAAACCACAAAAACCACGCUAGUGCCUUUUCACAUGUACCCACAUGCCCUACAGCAGGGGGAGGGAGGGAAGACAUGGCAAAGUGAGGCAGUAUAGCCACUUCGUUGAAACAGAUGUACCCGUUCCUAAGGAAAAAGCGUGCUGCGUAAGCAUGUCGUGCAAAGAGUUACAUAACAGUAGUUGAGAACUUUUUUAUUUAUUUAAAAAACAGUAAAUCAGAUGCCAAGUUCUGUCGUUUUCAUAUCAGUUGCCCAAUGUUUUCAUGUUGCACUGCAUGUACAUCUUGAGCGUAUACGUGUGUGGUGUUGAAAAUAAUGCAUCAGUAAUAAUGCGCUUUAAAAAAAAAUAAUAAAUCCUGUCAUGGGCCAGUAGGAGGAUUUAUUUAGGGACUUAGGGAUUUUUUUAUUUUAUGGAGAGAAUUUCUGGGUGCUUUCCCAGAGGCUGUGUUUUAUCAAAUCAGUAAUAUCCCAAAAGAGAGGAAACUGUAGGAUUUCGUCAAAAAGAACCCAGAAACUUGACAGUCACUUGGAAGUGGGUUGUGACUGACUGCUGAAGGGUUGGCAGUCUGGAGCUUCGUUGGUCUACUGGGACCAAACCUAUUGUACAGCAGUGUGUUCCUCCUUCCUCCAAGUGUGCAGGCCUGCAAAUGUUAGUAACUGUCUCCUUGGUGAUAGUUUUCCUAAAUAGUUAAAGCUAAAUUGAUAUUAUUUUCUGACUACAGUUGGCAGUUCUGUUCCUCUCCAGAUUAUAUGUAGCUAACCAUAUAUGAUGUUGCUAGUAUGACUUAGUCAUGGCACUCCUAACCAUUGUUAAGUGAUUUCUGAGCUUUGUACCAACCAGAGUCAGCUUCCAGGGACAACCAUCACUUAAUGUUGUAAAUAUUCUGCUACCAUUUGAGCUCUUAACAGUGAUAAGUCAGCAGGAGUUGAUGUUAGGGUACUUCCAGGCUUUUUUAUAAAACUGUUCCAGGGAGGGAAUCGGUGGCAGCGUCUUGUUUAAACAUAUCAACAGAGAAGGUAAGGAAAAGAGACUAGGAGAGGCACAGCUUGGAAUAGACUAUGGGCAUCUGUUUCCAGAUAAAAGUCAAAUAUAACAUCUUUCACUGGAAAACACUUUUUAAUUUCUCAAGUGAUAAACAGAACUCAAUUAAUUUUGUUCUUGGUUUGGGUUCUCCAGGUUAUACAGUUUAAACAUAGAUAUACUUUACAGGUGGAUUCAGCAUUCCUGUUUUUUUCCAGGUUUUGAAUCUUUCAGUGCUUAACUAGUAAAAAACCAAAAUGAAACAUUUCUAAGGAAAUACCCAUUUGUUACCAGCCACUUUGCUUACACUGCCCUGCAAUGUGUAUCAAGCUGAGAGUUUUUAACGGGUUUGACAAUUCUUUGCCUCAUUUGAGUAUUUUAUUUUAGCAGUGACAACAAAGACAAAAAAGUCUAGCGAGCAAAAGAAAAAAAGGUGGGGUACAGCUCAGAAAUCUCUGUUGAGACCUUCGAAAUUUACUUUGGAAAGCAUUAGUGCCAUGUACUUUGGAAGACUUGCCAUCUUUUACCAGUGUUUUUAUGCUUUCACCUGGACACUUGCCCAGCAGUCUUGAGAGUGAGUGUUUUGUUGGUUUGGGGUUUUUCCCGAUCAGAGGGUGUCAGGUUUUUCUUGUAAGUUCUUUAUUUUGCCUCAUGUUAAGUGGCUUGGGUAAUGAGCAAGAAUAUUAAGCCAAGUGUGGUUUUCUUCAGCAAUGUAAGCAGGAUGUUUUCAACAAACUAGCUGGGGUGCCCACCUCAAAGAUUAAAUAAACAGUUGAACCUUUAUAUUAAGUUCCCCCCACCCCAAUUUCUAAACAUUUAUUCCUGAAAACUUUAUUCUUUUUUUAAAAAAUACUGCCACAUCUUCCACAAUGUCUCUUAGUAGUGCGUCCAAACAGGACUGGACUGACUGUAGGGGGUUGGUUGGUUGCUUGGUUGUUUUGCUUCAUUCUUUAUUAUGCUUGCCUCUUAGGCUUCUGAUUUUGUUUGUGUGCAUUGUUUCCCUGUUGACUUUAAGAGGAGUACUGUUUGUAUAUCUGAGAUACCCAAGUUUGGCCGAGUCUGGUCAGGAUCUGUAGUGAUCCUCAUGUGAAUUAGUCCCGCUGACCUUAAAUGAGUGCGUACUGGUUGGGUAAGGGCUCUUUGUGUCAGUAAACCUUAGCUGGAUCAGGGCCAAGGUGGCACAUGAGGACCUGUUGUAUUUCCAGUGCAGCAAACAUAUGUGUUGCAUAUGUCAUAUUCACUGUAAAUCAUGUGACCUUACUAUCCAGGUUUCUCAAGUGGAUUGAAAUGCUGGUUUUGUGAUGGAUGGUUAGCAUCUCAGGGUAUGAGUUCUCAUUGAGUAAAAAGUAGGGGGUUUUCUCUCUAAAGAGGUAAGGUUCCUCUAGCAGAAGCAGCUUUAUUAACUGUAAAUAUGCAUGCAUGUAGUUGUGCACAGGAAAGUAAUACCAAUAAAACUAAUCUGAAAUGAAAUGUAAAAACAAACAAAAUCCUCACAAACAAAAAACCAAACCCAACCCCCACACACACACACACAAAUGCUGUUAAGUGCAACUUGGGUCCUGAAUCUGAAACAAUAUACGCAGAAUCUGUUGGUUUGUCUAAAUUGAUUUUGCACAAAAUAUCAUUUCAGUUCUUAUUUGUUACUAUUUUGUAAUAUUAGGAAAUUAUACUGUAAGAUCAUAUCAGCCAUGCCUGCUGUGAUCAAAAUACAGGUUUCUAAAACCCAAACUCUCUUUCUUUUCCUCCACAUCCAGUACUAGGCUUCCACCUGUGGCAGAAGGAUGUUAACAGUAAUGGGGAGAAAUAUGUACAAUUUCCCAGUGUAGACAGAGCAGGUUUUCCCUGUUGACCUGAAUUCAUAUCCAAACCUAUAACACAAAGCAAAAAUUACACUGUAGCAGAGUCGUUAGUUGUGCUAAAUGACAGGAGAUUAACUGGACAUUUUUAGCAUCCUUACUAGUUCGUGUUGCUCAGAAUGUUUUGCGUAAGUGUCCCAUCACUGUAAAUACAAGUGUUGCUGAAUUGUACCAAAGUUCCCCUGCAUUAGAUAAUAGGAAGCAGGUCCAUUUUGUAGUGACUCGCCAAGCAGAACUUUGCCUACAAUAGAAUUUAAGGGUCUGUCUACAUUGCUGUUAAAACUGAGUCAGGGUCCUGUUUAAAAUACAGCUUUCUAUUUUGUGGUGUUACGUGAGACUUUAAACUUUGUGAUGUAGUAACUAUAGCUUCUAAUCCUUACAUGAAAAGUGAUUUAAGAUUUCAUCUGCGCUACAAAAAGCGCCACAGCUCCUGAUGGUUUGGAGCCUAUUUUUAAAACUAUUGUCAGGCCAAGAUGCAGCUUCAUCUGUGGCACGCAGCAGACAACAUCUGUUUGCAUACACAGUUUGCAUGCGUGUUGCUUUUCAUUGAGCUAUGCAGGAAAGUUUUUUCUCUGAAAGUCUCCCAGACUCCUAUGCUAUACAAGCAAGCUUCUAGCUAAUGAAGUGCCCUCUGCAAAGAGCCAUUUUUGCCCUGUAUGUGUGACAGCUGGGACUGGUGACAUUCAGCAGUGUUAGGGUUCCUGUUAACUUUGUAGUGAGAAAGGGAGUUUUUUGACUUGACUCUUGACAGCCUUUCUGUAAAUGAACACAGAGCACUCCAGGGGAAAAGGAAAAAAAGAAGAAGAAUGCAUUGCGCUAGCCAGCAUUAAGUAUUUUUGCAGCAAACAUUCUUGACUGUGGUGGGCAGAGGGGAAGAGAAGAAACUGGAGAAGUUUGCAUGGAUGCGCAAUACAAGGAGGCAGUGCUUAGCAAGAAAUGUUUCCUUCAGCACUAAAUGCCUCCUCUUGGGUAUUAGUGUGUGUUGUUGCAUUCACAGAACUAACUUCCUCAUUUAUUUUUUUUUUUUUACCUGUUUGGGUUGUUUUAAAUUAAGACAAAGUAGAAGCUUCUCCUGUUUCAGACGAAACACAACCAUAAGCGAAUAUUUUGUUCAUCGUUUACUGUUGAGCAGUAAGAGCAGGUUGCACAGCUUGUUAGAAUAGCUAUUUUAGUGACAUGGUUAUGAUAUUAUGUGCUUUCUUUCCCCUCCCUCUCCCUGCCAGAUAUGGCUUACCCUUUCUAUAUAAGGCGCUGUGUGGGUUUUUUUGUUUUGUUUUGGGAAUGUGUGGAAAAGAAGCAAAAUGAAGUGAAAAUGCAAGCCAAGGUAGAACAGCCUUACUUUAGGGGGUAGCCUUACAACAGAGCUUUAUAGUGAGUGUGCUGUAUUCCAAAACAUGUAAGCCAAAAACAAAAAAGCAUUCAUUUAUGCAAAAAAAAUUUUAAAAGAGGUGUUGGAAGACUUCUUUAAUAUGUACCUUCUAAAGGUAGAGUAAGGUCUCACCAAGUGAUAGGUUAUUGUGAUACUUCUUGCUGGGUCAGUAGGGAUGGGUUGGGGGUAUAAGCGCUUAACAUUUUUCUCCGAUGUUUUUACAAGCAGUAAGUUAAAUGUGGUAUUUAUGAAUGUGCCUUUGUGAGUACAGUGACUGUCUAAUUGAGGAGACCACUUGGGCUGGAGGGGAGACAAUGGUCAAUUCAUUCUUUCAAGAGGUCAGACAUGGAGAUUGCAGCCCACUGGUCCCUUUUGACAAGCAGCAUCUUUGGGCUGGUCUCUACACUGCACAAUACGUAUUCAUAUGUGGUAGAGAUCGGGGAAGGGGGGGUGGGGGGGGCGAAGGGACGUCAUGUGAUGCACAGAAGCUGUUGAUAGUUUUAGGCUAGUCUGCUGUUGCAGGUUGAGUUUGUAUACGUAUUAUGUGGCUUCUCUUUAUGUUUUUGUGCAUGAGUGUGAGUGUGUGUGGCUUUAUUUUUUGUAAGCACUGGAGAAUUGAAACACAGUGAUGUUUGAGACGAAUUUAUACAUGUAGAGAAGAUGACGUUUUGUAGCUUCUGUUAAAUAGUGGGUGCAGGCACACUUUUACCCUCUCUGUCCGUGUCCCAAUAAGAGAAACAGGAAAAUUUAUUUUUUUUCAACCCUUCAACUUCCAGCACACUUAACGUUGCCAUUUAAAUGAACAGGGUAUUACACAAGAAGAAAAAAGUUUUUGAAAUGGUGAGGUAGAAGUGUUUAAAAGGAAAAAAAUCUGAAGUAAUUUUUUGUUUCUUCGAAGCUGUUUGUAGCUAAACAUGGGAAUCUGCAGUGUCUCCUUCCAUUUGUUUUUUUUUUUCUAAUAAUUCACCUCUUCGUCCCACCCAAAACAUGAGGUGUACAAGAUCAAGAGCUGUCACUGUAGCCCUUCGAAUUCCCACCCUGAAAAGGAACUCCAGUGGGAUCCCUCAGCUCUAUUCAGGAAGACAAAGAGAGGAGAGACUCUGCAGUUUUCUUUGCUUCGCUCUCAUUCCUCUCUAAUGGCCUUGAAAUGUAUUAUUAUGCAAAUGUGAAUUUUGAUACUGAACUUAAGAAGAGGUUGUUUGUUCUUUUUUCAAAAAAAAAAAAAAAGGUCCCAUAUGUGGUCAGCAUUGCUUCUUUAUUUUGUAAGUGAAUUGUAAACUAUGCAUUCUGCAACGGGGGUGUAGGGGACAAAGAUAGCUUUGCUAAACUGUUGAGGAGUUUCUGUGUCCAUGGUAUAUCCAUUAUAGUUUGGUGAAGUGAGGAGGUGAUGACUUUGAAAUAAAAAGGAGUUGAUAAGAACCGCUCUUUUUCAGAAGUUGGCCAAUAAGUAACUGGGCAGAGAUUUAGAAAACUAAUGUUGACUGCAAAACAAAAUCUGUUCUAAACCUUGCGCAGGAUUGUGAAUUCUGUCUGUGCAGUGUUAACCCAGGGCCAAUAGGGUGAAUGGGACACCAGCUCUACCUGGAAAACUAUCUACCGCCUCCUGUGUUCUGGCCCUUGUCAAGCUCAGGAAACGCAGUGCUGUAGGCACUGUCGUCUUUGAAUUUACUACUCGUUUUCCAUUAUAACAGUCCUUGCGCUCUUCCAAGAGAAUUGGAACACAGCUGGUCCUUGAUGUCUACACUUUCUUCUCCCUAAAAAUUUCUUUGUUGCUGUUUCUGGCACAGCUCAUGCAGUGACAGCACAGCUGGGGGCAAGAUGGUGGAGGUGGUACCUAGUGCUGAUCAAAGCAUGACAAGAGGACUGCUUUUUUUUCAAUGUCAGCAGCUACCAGCGCUUAGUUGUCUGGUAUUACUGCCCAUGACUCAGCAUUAAUGUUGGCUGUGCGUGAAAUGUUAGGGAAUGUAGACAAGGCCCUCUAUUUAAAAGUAAUAAUCUUUUUUUACUAUGAGGUGGUAUUGUAGUAGUCAUAAAGAAGGUUUCACUUCCUUACAUCUCCAAAAUGCAGUCAUUGUGAAUACCGUGUGUUCCUUGAAGCUUGCUGAGCUUCCAGCAGCAGUCUCCUCAGAAAAAUGUAGAUCUCGCUGCUCUGUCAUGUUAAUAGGGACCCUUUGACUUGACUUUUACCUUUGUCCAUGGUGUACCAUGGUACCUGCAUUAUCCUUGGCAUUAUCUUAAAUGUACUAUCAUAAACUGAGAGAUUAUCCUGCCUGUAUUCAGUGUUUUCACGCAGCAGUUUUGUUUUUGUUGACAUUCACAGUACUGUAAUAAGUAAUAGACUUGAUGAUCACUCUCGCAUCUGUGCCUGCCUUGCAGAUGUGAUCUUAUCAGGGUUCCACUCUGUCAGAUUGCCUUCAAAAAAAAGAAAAGAAAAAAAAAUAUCUGAAGUUUAAACUCCUCACAAAAAUACCUCGAGGUACAUUUCCCCUUCUGAUGUAACCUUUUAAAUCUUAACUUUUUUUCUAAACUUAAUGGGCUUUUUAUUUCCAUCUGUUAAUCUCCUUUUUAGAAAAGAUGUUUGAACUAGUGGUUUUGAGCACAGGACCAGAAAGAAGUCAGGAACUCCUGAAUUUUAACAUUGGCCCUUACUCUUCCCUUGCCUUGGGCAAGUCAUGUAACUUUUUUGCCUUUGUUUUUUCAUCUGUAAAGCGGGGGUGAUAAUACCUACCUCACAGGGGUUCUGUGAGGAUCAUCUAGUAAAUGUUUGUAAAGUGCUUUAAAGAUGCAUGAUAGAAGUACUAGGAGGUUUUUACAGCAAGAUCUUACAGCAAGAUAGCUCAUUAUUUUUACAUUGUUUUUUUGUGUGCAAGCAACUUUUUGUUUUUUAAUGAUUAAAGCCAUCAGACACUCAGAUCCUAAGUAACAGAAGUUGAUGGAGUUUCAGUUACUCGUCCUCCUCUUCUGUCUUUAUGACAGUUUCCCUUUGCUCUUCCUUAUACAGUUAUGCCAGUGUUGCUACAGGUCAAGUCUCUUAAUUGUACUCGUAGAUAAGCUUCAGACUUGAUUUAAGUACUUUGAGCUUGCUGCUUCUUUCACCAGGUCACCAAACAGGAAUCAGCUUGUAUAUUUUUCCCUGCCCUCUAAUAGCGUUUUUGGUAAUGUCAUCAUUCAAGUGGACGCAUCUUUUCCUGCCAUCAGAAAGGGGAGGUGGUGUGUAGUUCCAGAGAGGGGACUGUAAUAUGAAGAACCUUGCCACUUAAUGCUGCUGUUCCAGGGAUGAAGGGCAGAGUAGCUUUCUGUUUCCUUCCCUGAUUUAACUUCAGUGUGUUACCAGUGACACUUUAAAUGCAGUGUUUCUUCUUGUCCACAAUAUACAGAAGCCAUUACCUGCCAAUAAAACGUAGGAACAGAGGGAAUGAUAGUAAUGCUGCUUGUGUAUAUGCCUUACAGCUCUCCCAGAAUGUCUCUGGGAGGGUGGUGAGGGAUGAGGUCUUCAUUGGGUAAAUCCCACAGCUGUCAGGGAACCUCUGCUACUUUCUCCCCUCUCCAAUCACAUGGUCGCUGUUUCUUCUUUCUUGGAUGUGCGUCUCAGGGAUGUGCAUACGAUCCCAUGCCUUUUGGAAUUUGGCCUUUGAAAUAUCAAGAAUAUGGCUUCUAUACCUGGAACCUUCCUAUCUGACACUCCCUGGUCCUCUCUGUCCUAUGUUGCUCCCCAUGGCCUUAAGAACAUCUGUCCACUGUUGCCAGAUGCCACCCUCUCCAUCUUUGCCAGUACUCAAGGUGAAGCACAUAUAGCGAUUCUGCGGAGAAAGAAGGUGAAACGAUGCAUGUGCACCUGUGGGAUUUACACACAUAUUAUCUUGGAUUUCUGCCACAUCCUGGCUAAAGCAUGCAGAAUAUCUGAUGCACAAUGCUUUUUCUUUCUCAUCUAGAAAGCAGAACAAACAGCAGUGUGACUGCUGAUGGUAACUCUGUAAUGUUUACUUUGAAUUAAAUGCUAAGUAUUUUCCCUAAAGAACCAAAACCCCCACAUUCUAACAGAAGUAACCAAAUGUAAUCUUUUGGAGGGUGAGGGGAAGGGAGGGGAGGAGAAAAAGCAGUGGCGGGGAGCAUUCUGAUCUAUUUUAAUCUCCACCACUUGGAUGGAGAUACGAAAUGCUGCUUUGAGUUCCACAAACAUAAGGGAUUAUGUUUACAAAGGUAAAUGCCUUCUACUUGUUCAGGAAACUGGCUAAUGGUGGGCAUCAGAUGUUUGACAAGUUUCUCUUCAUUGCAGACAAGUAAUGGGAGAAGGGCGUGCCUGGAAGAGGAAUGGAGAAAUAGAUUAAUUUCAUCUAAUCGUCUUGGUAAAAUAAUGCCACCACCUUCUCUCCUUACAAAGUGGAGGGAGGAGGUUGCAGAACAGAAAAUCAGCGAUGUCCAAAAUGGCUGGAUUAGAAAAGGCAGCUUUUCUACUUUGCACAUAAAUAGGUAACAGGAAGGUACAGGUAAAGUCCUCUUGCCUGAAACACUGUCCCCCAGAAGCAGACAUUGUAAUAAUAAAAAUAGUGGCUAUGUGUAUAUUGAUGCUAUUUGCAAGUUACCUAUAAGUGUUCAUUUUUUCUUAUACUUGAAAUGGCUUCCUUUACUAAACUCUCACCGUAGCUGGGGUUUCUCCCCUCCUUCUCUCGUGUGCAGUAAAGAAAAUUAUAGGACAAAUGGGGAGAACGUAGAGGAGACGACACAAUGUCUUGCAUAUCCAGGUUUCAUCUUAAUUUCUAUCCCACAUGCUUGCAGAGGUUUGAACUUCCGAAGGGUUUCCCAUGGACACAGAAACUCGGCACUUUAGAAGGUGCUCUUGUAUGGCUGGCUGCCCCCCUUCUCCUCCUUUUCUAUAUUUUUAUUUUACUUUUAGUAUAGUGGUACUUAAAAUCACUGGUUCACUUAAAGAAAAAACCAACAAUAAAAUGUUUAAACUCUACUAAUGUACAAAUAAGCUGAAAUGUUGCAUUUUAUGUGUAUUUUUGCCAUAGCAGGUACUGUAUUUCUCAUGCUGGAUUUAGAAGAAAAAAAAAAGGAAAAAAAAAAAAAGAAAAAAAAAAGAAAAACAAACAAAAGGGUGAUGUUUUAUUGGAGUGUGACAAGUUAAGAGUAAUAAGGAAUUAAGUCGUCGUCAUUUCAUUGAAACAGAGAUGGUGUAAUACUUAUAUAAGUUUUCUGAAGGUUUUUUUGGGCUUUUAAACAGCUUUUUUGUUUUUAUUUUAUUUUUAUUUUUUGAAAGAUAUGAUUGUAUUAUGUGCAACUCAGUUGCUUACAUUAUAACUACAAAAUAUUUUUGGGUUCCUGGAAAAAAAAAAAAAAGACUAAUAAAUGUGUUUGGCUGCUAAGCAUUUAA